ACUGAAUAAACAACAAACACCUUCAAAAAAAACAAACACCAUCAAGUUUCAUUCAUUACUAGUAUUAAACAAUCACACAAACCAAAGUACUCACAAAAAAACAAAAAAAGAAAACACAGAACUUACACUCACAGAAAAAAUGGCAGAAUCAAAAGAAGAAAAAUCAGAGAGAAAAAUGAAGAAAUUUCUUCUCAUAGUUAAUUGCUUAAUCUUAGCCUUAGGAAAUACCGGUGGGCCCCUCAUGAUGCGUCUUUACUUCAUCCACGGCGGCAAACGCGUCUGGCUUUCCGCUGGUCUUGAAACCGCCGGUUUCCCCUUAAUGCUCUUCCCUCUAAUUUUUUCAUACAUCAAACGCCGCCGUAUCAACCACCGUCCACCACCGUCAACCACCACCGUGAUCACCACCGAAACCACCACCACAAAAUUAAACAUAAUCUCAAUGAAACUUCCUUUAUUUUUCGCCGCGGCUUUCAUCGGAAUUCUUACCGGUCUCGACGAUUAUCUCUACGCAUUCGGCGUUGCUCGGCUACCGAUCUCUACUUCGGCUUUAAUUAUCGCUUCUCAGCUUGGUUUUACGGCGAUUUUCGCUUUUAUUCUUGUGAAACAGAAAUUUACAGCUUUUACUGUAAACGCUGUAUUUUUGCUUACGAUUGGAGCUGGUGUUUUGGCCAUGCAUACGAGUAGUGAUCGACCUGCUGGUGUUUCUGUUAGACAAUAUGUUAUUGGUUUUCUUACUACUGUUGCUGCUUCUGCAUUAUAUGGAUUUGUUUUGCCUUUGAUUGAAUUGGUUUAUAAGAAAACCAAACAGCCCCUAACUUAUUCUCUUGUUAUGGAAAUUCAGUUUGUUAUGUGUUUAUUUGCUACUCUCUUUUGCGUCGUUGGCAUGAUUGUAAACAAUGACUUUAAGGUGAUACCAAGGGAAGCAAGUAAUUUUGAUCUUGGAGAAACAACAUACUAUGUGGUGUUGGUGAUGAAUGCAAUAAUGUGGCAAGCAUUUUUUUUGGGAGCAAUUGGGGUUGUUUUUUGUGCUUCCUCGUUAUUGUCGGGUAUUUUAAUUGCUGUGUUGUUGCCACUAACGGAAGUGUUGGCAGUUAUUUUCUAUAAAGAAAGUUUCAAAGUUGAAAAAGGGGUAUCUCUUGUACUUUCACUUUGGGGAUUUGUUUCUUAUUUUUAUGGUGAGAUUAAACAAGCUAAGAAACAGAAGAAACGUGUUUUAGAAACAGAAUUAGGUCAAACCAUUGAUGUAGUAUCUGCUCCUUGAAUAUUGCAAUGCAUAGGUCAUGAAAGUGUGUUUGUGUUUUUAUUUGAAUCAAGCAAAAGGCUUUUUUAGUUAGAUGUAUUUUUAGAAUGGAACAUGCGGGUGUAAACUAGUGUAAUAGUAGUAAUAUUUGAGGUUUUUUUUUUUUUUUUACAGUAGUUAUUUUUAGAAUAUGAUUACAAUAUUUGUAAUAUGACGUGAUAAUCCUUAGUUUGAACUGUGGGUUUA